UUUCUUUAUCUUUUAUCCAGGUUUGAGAAAAUGUCGGUGGACUACUCCAAGCAGAAGUGCCUGGUGUGCGGCGACAAGGCAAGCGGUCUGCACUACACGGUGGUCUCGUGUGAGAGCUGUAAAAGUUUCUUCGGUCGUAAGAUCAAGAGUAAGGCAAAGUUUACCUGCGAAGCCAAUGGAAACUGUGUGAUGGACCUCUACACCAGGCGGCACUGCCCGGCCUGUCGACUCCAGAAAUGCCUCGAUGUGGGCAUGAAACCUGAACGUGUAUGGGACGAGAAGAGGUUAGAGACGAGGAAACCGCUAGAACGCAAGAACAAGAAGAAGCAGAAAGAACAGCUCCUGGUCACCCAGCAACCGACCCCUCCCCAACCCUCAGCCUCCUCGGUGUCCACGUCAUCAUCGUCGACAUCGUCGUCGCCCUCGUGUAGCAUCGUCAUGCCCGUCAGCUUCUCCCCUAAGCUCAACAAGGACCAGGAGGAUCUGAUCACAGCGCUGGAAAGGGCCAAGACGGACUCAGGGGCUACAAAUAGCAAUGCUAAGCCAAAUGGGAAAAUUGAUGAAAUCUUGAGGAAGAUGCAAGCAUUCCAGGACAAGACAGAAGCAAUGUUUGCCAAUAUGAACUGCAAUGGUGCCAAUCCUUUCAGUCUUUAUCCCAGCUCCCCCUUCCCGCCCAAGGACAUGAUGAUGGCACCCCACCCUGGUGGCAUGAUGGCCAGCGACCCUCGCAUGAUCAAAAUGGAUUCUGCACUGGACAAAGCAGACAAUGACAAGCUCCACCAAAGAUAUCCGCACGACAAGCCCCAACACAUUUGUUUAAAGGAGGAACCCCUGGACCACUCGCCGAGCCUCACCUCAACGUCUUGUCAGGUGGACAAUCAAAGGAUAUCGGACAAGAUCAAGAAGGAACCGGGCUUGAAUGAAAAAGAUAAAAUGGCCAUGCUCCCUUCCCAACCCACUAUGCAGCAGAUGAUCAUCUACAACAUGACGUUAAUGGGUGUUGUCAUCCGGCAAACUGUUGCCUUCACCAAGGCCAUUCCAGCCUUCCGCAGGCUGCCCUACGAUGAGCAGGCAGUGCUCAUCAAGAACGCUAUCCUUGAAGUCCUCAUGUUGAGGUGUGCCGAGAACUACGUUCCGGAGCGCAAUGUAAUCGUUGACGACAUCACAGGCAGCGAAUGGUCCUUCGAGUCCAUGUUGUCAUCAGGGUUUCUGACUGCGACAGAACCAACGCUCAAGUUUAUCCAGGCAGUCAAUGGUAUGAUGCUGACCAAACAAGAGUAUGCAUUACUGCAAGCAAUCACAAUCAUUUCACCAGAUCGGCCGGAGAUUGUGAGUCGAGAAGACGUGGAGCAGAUCCAGAGGCCGAUGGUAGAGACGCUCCAGACCCUGACCAAAAUCAACCAUCCCGAAGACAAGGUCUUCUUCGCCAAGCUCAUCAUGAAGCUGACCGAUGUACGAGACCUGGUCACGCACCACGUCGACGACCUCAUGUCCAUGAAGCUUCCCGAUUCCCAGUUUGAGAGCCUCUUCCCCCUCAUCUCAGAGAUCUUCAACGUUUAACGUUUGGCCCUUUUCUGGAGGGAGAUGGACUCGAAAUAGAUGUUUGGCCUCCGUGCGUGAGGAAGCGGUGGGUGCAGCAGUCGGAAAGAGAGAUCCUGGAAUCAUUGAUAGGUCAAUCCCAACAAUAAUUGUCAAUUAACAUUACAAAGGAUGAUUUGACUUUGACGUUUUGAGGGUAAAGACUGACUUGCCUAGAGGACGGGACCUCGACCUGUUGGGAGAUGGUAGGACGAGGCCAAACAUACAGACAAGAGGCUGAUUUUAUCAAAGAAUAACGCAUGGAAGUUGAACCCUAAGAUGAUCCGUGGUUGCUGAAGCACCAAUACACCCUAUGUAUUGGAUCAUCCCAUGUACUAACUAUGCCAAGUCAAUGACAUAUUUCCUAAGUGGCCAAAGAGAGAUCCAAUAUGAUCUGUAAUAACCGAAGUAUUAAAGACCAUUUCCUACAAUUUGAAUGAGAAUCAACUACAUUUUCAAAAAGUUUGUUUUGUUGAUUUGCAAGUUUGGACAAGUCUGGAUUAAUGGAUUUCCAAAUGCUUUCAACAUGCAUAUAAGAUAGCUUGAGGGAUAUCACCAGCAUGAUAAUGAUCGUGUGUCCAACCAUUCUGCGAGUCCGGGUAACUUCAUCAGACUCGAUUCCUGAGGGUUCUGCAGAAGCCGGAGAUGCAGGAAGUGGACAAAAGCUUGACUUCUGCCAUCCAUCCAACAGAGACAUGAGGCAGGCAGUCACUCCCUGUGCUAAGGACCGGAUCAGGGAUCUCCGCAAGAAUCGUUUGUUCUUCAUUUCUUAGUCAUUCCACAGAAUUAAAGGAGAUAUCGGCAAGAGAUUUCCUUCAUUUACCUGAUUGUGGUGUUGGGAGUGAUCCGUAUGCAUGGUAUCCCCAAUGUGUUGAUGUCUGUUCCUUUAUGUCAAUUCAGUUCUGCUCUGUCGCAAUCUGAGUUGAGGAGGGGGGGGGGAGCGGUAUUAAUACACUGAGCUAGUAUAGAAACAGAUAUCUAGCAUGCAUGAGAAAGAAUAAAUGAGUGCAUACAUUUUGGGUCAUAUUACAUAACCCGUGUGAAGAUUUUGAAGUAAUGCUUGUUAUAAUUCUUAUAUUUUAUAUGAUCAAGCCAAAUGGGCCUAAUCAACGACUCAAUAAUUCACAACUUGUAUUUAUAUAUGUGCCAAUAAUGAUUUUUAAAGAUUUUUAAGUUCAAAUAAAUAUAAUUUAUAAAAUGUUAAUAUCAUGAA